CAUACUGCAGUGGAACAGUCAUGGAGGGACGGGGGCAGACAAUUUGCUUGCUUGGAGCAGUUGAGAUCACUUGUAAUAGAGAUUUCGAUUCUAUUGCUCGGCACUGUGUUGCUCAGAUCGAACGUUGUGCGCCGUGAAUUAGAUCCUGUCAAGCGUCACUUAUUUUGUGCUGGAGAGAGAGGUUUGUUUGGAGAUUGGUAAUUGGAAAAAAAAAAAAAAAAAAAAAAAGAAAAAAGGACGCUCUCCACUGCAACGCGGAUUAAUUUAUCUAAGUUGCUGUAAGGAUUGGAAACGUUUUAGUUGAGGUGAAUUCUUACUUUGUGGGAGCGUCGCGUUGUAGAUUGCCUGUCUGUUUAUCAGAUUAUAGGAUGUGAAGAAGAUUAGUAGGAAAAGCACAGUUGAAGAGGUAGGGCUUGUCGAAGUCUGUAGUUUUGUUCGUCAAUCUGUGAGCUGCUUUAGAUAAAGUGGCUUCGAUUUGUUUAUUUAUUUUUCUUUCGGUUCGGAAGAGGGCAUGUGAUUGAAGUCUACUGCGAGGUUAGUGUGAGAUAAGUCAACGUUCGUGGAGGCGGAGGAUUGGGAUUCUGCUUUUUUGGUCGAGAUGGAGAAGGUGUUAGGCGCUUUCAAAUCAAAGGCUACCCCGCAAGAACAAUUGCGAGAAUGGCAGCGCACUCUGCGGCAGCAAUCUCGUGGUAUUGACCGCCAGGUCCGUGCAAUACAACGCGAAGAAAAAAAUGUACAGAAGUCCAUAAAGGAGGCUGCCAAACGUAAUGAUAUGAAGUCUGCUAAGUCAUUGGCGAGGGAGCUUGUACACUCUAGAAAAGCGGUGGGACGACUUCAUGAGAAUCGAGCGCAACUCAAUUCCAUUUCCAUGCAUUUGGGGGAGAGCGUUGCCACGGCGAGGGCGGUAGGGCAACUGCAGAAAAGCACUGAAGUUAUGAAACUUGUAAACAACCUCAUGAAAGCUCCUGAAGUGGCAGCCACCAUGCAAGAACUAUCUAAAGAGAUGAUGAAGGCUGGUGUAAUUGAAGAGAUGGUUAAUGACGGGUUGGAUUCCGCCCUUGAUAAUGAAGACAUGGAGGAGGAGACGGAGGAGGAGGUCAAUACGGUGUUAGAGGAGCUUGCUGUCGAGACUUUGACACAAUUACCAGCCACUGGAACACGAAGAGAACGGAUUAGACAACCUGUGCAAUCUGAGCGCGUGCUUGCAAAAAAGCGACAAGCAGUUGUAGGAGGGGAUGAUGACGCAGAUCUUGAUGUCUUACGGGCUCGAUGAAGCAACGUUCGGCAUUGAGCUAUAGGCACUGUUGUAGAGAAUCCGGAGGCACACGUCACUGGACAGCGUAAGGAUCGGUACUCAUUGUAAUUGUUUUCAAGUCCGGCAUGUCACAACUCAUCUUACGAAUAGUUCAAAUAUAUUUUUGUAUGUUGUAGCAACAGAAUAGAAAAUGUGUAUUUAUAUAGAAUUUAGCAAAGAACGAUAAAUUGAAUGUGUACUAUGAAGAGGAGGAUGUCAAAGAAGUACCACUUCCAAGUACAAUCUCGUUACGGAGGAGAUGAUUUUGUGUUUGAUAUGAUACAUUCGACUACACAUUGUCACGAGUCAGUGCUCUCCCUUAAGAACUUGAAUUUGAAGAUAGAUCAUGAAGUGUACGAUAGUUCUAGUACAUUAUCCGUUUAAUGAAUUAAUUUGCUUUAUUUCAAUAGAUUGUUAAGCGUUUGCGUCA